GGAACAGUCACUUAAGAACCUGAAGGGGAAACUAGUGUUAACUCAGCGAUAGAACCGAGGAUCAUGUUAUCCCUGAUGCUGCUGAGUUUGGCUCUCUCUGCUGAGCUUCAACCCUCACUUUCAUUAGUGAUGUUUGAUCCCUGCUCAGCGUAUAUCAGCCUGAACGAGCCUUGGAGAAACACAGAGCAUCACAUUAAUGUCUCGCACGGCACACCCAUGUGUGACAACCACAUGGACGGAGAAUGGUACCGCUUCACCGGCAUGGCAGGAGAUGCCAUGCCCACCUUCUGCAUCCAGGAGAACCUCUGCGGCACUCACGCUCCCAUCUGGCUGAAUGGUAGUCACCCUUUUCAGUCUGAUGGCAUUGUAUCGGUGCAGGCUUGUGCCAGCUUCAAUGACAACUGUUGCCUGUGGAGCACCACGGUGGAUAUGAAGGCUUGCCCAGGAGGUUACUACGUCUACCGACUGCCAAAGCCCACUGUCUGUUUCCACGUGUACUGUGGACAUUUCUAUGAUAUAUGCGAUCAAGUGGAAUGUGUGGGGCAAUGUGUGGGUGAGAGCGAAUGUCGGUGCACCCCAGGCACUGUCCUCGGACCAGACGGCCAGACUUGCCUAGAUGUCAAUGAAUGUGCGGUCAAUAAUGGGGGUUGCAGUGAAGACUGCAUCAACCUGCAGGGCUCCUUCCGUUGCGAGUGUGGGAUUGGAAGAGCACUGGGCAAGAACGCAGCGGCCUGCGAAGAUAUUGAAGGCUGCCACAGUGAUAAUGGAGGCUGCAGCCACAACUGUGUUUCGAUGGAGGGAGGCUAUCACUGUGAGUGUCCUCGUGGACUCAUGUUAUCAGAGGACAAUCACACCUGCCAAGUGCCUGUGCAGUGCAAGUCAGAUUCGAUUGAAGUGGCUGUACCCAAGGAUUUGGUUGGUGGUUUGGAACUGUAUCUCCUGAAUGCAUCAUGCAAAGCACUUUCCAAUGGGACUCACAUCAACAUUAACUUCAAUCUCAAAAGCUGUGGCACAGCUGUUGAGGUCGUGAAUGAUAAGAUAAUUGCAAGAAACACGCUAACUGGCAUUCCCAAGCAGACACCAGGCAGUAAUGGGGAUAUUAUCAUCCGGACCAGUAAACUAGUGAUUCCCAUCACCUGUGAGUUCCCCCGCCAGUACAUGGUGUCUGAAGGAUAUGUGCCCAACCCGGCGAAUUCUCCACUGCAGAUUAUAGGCAGAAACCACGGGAUCUUCCCCUUCGCUCUGGAGAUCUUUAAAUCCAAGGAUUUUGAUGAGAUUUACAAAGAUACACCUCCUGUUCUCAAACUCCGAGACUCCCUGUACUUCGGGAUUGAACCUCUCAUGCACGUGGAUGGGCUUGAAGCACUGGUUGAGAACUGCUUUGCCACUCCCUCUCCCAGUAGUGAUGAUAUUAUGAGGUACUACCUGAUAAAGGAUGGCUGCAUCAAUGAUGAAACAGUCAAGCAAGAGACGUCCAAUGACCAUCUUGCAAAGCAUUUCUAUGUCCCUGUCUUUAAGUUUGUGGGAAGAGAUAAUAAGAAAGUGUACCUGCACUGCCGGGUUCUGGUGUGUGGGGCCCUGGAUACCAAGUCACGAUGUUCACAGGGCUGCCGCAAACGGAUGCGGAGAUCAGCAGAGGCUGACGAUUCAGGUCACCUGAGAGACCAUCUCCUCAGCGGAGGUCCAAUAGUGAUUGACACUGAGUAACAAGGCUCACGGCAUCCAGAACGUUCCACCGAACAGCUUUAAAUUUGUGCAUUAAUACACAAGUCUCAAAAAUGUAUCAUUGCUUUUGCUCAUGAAUAAUAUCUGGUUUGACUUCUGAUCAAUAAACUAAAAUAACAUAGUAGUAGGACACUAACUGAGUGGCUUGCACGGUAGCAUGAUCUAUUUUGAAUAUAAUAUCUUAAUGAUAGACCUCUAGAAUUAUCACAUUUUAAUAAAG